UUUAGCAUUGAAGGCCCAACCCAAACCAUAGAGGGAAAAUAACGUCCGUAGCAAACCCUAGAGGAGAUCGACUCCCGCUCGCUGGCGCUGCAUCUUCAAAGGUGAUUUCUCCGAUCACAUGCCCUUCUGCAGCUGCAUCAAAAUACAUUUUCCGAUUGAUCUCCCUGAGUGUAUUACCCCCUCUCCAAUUGAUUUGUUUAUGAUUGUAGAUAUUGAAAUUGACACCUUAAAAUCGCAGAAAUGGCGGCAGCUUUCGCUUCCAGAUUCUCUCCAGAUACCGUCCUCAGGCAUAAGCUCAAGAAGAGACCCAAACUUGCAGUUGCUAAGCCUAAAGCUUCUAGUAAAGGGAACAAAACAUCGAGUGAUACUGAAACAAAACCUCGUAGGAGCAAAAACAUGGCUUCGGAUAUGAAAACAAAGCGGGUCUUAUACAGUCAAGCUGAAUUAACUGAGGAUAACGUUAUCAGUGGAACCUCGCGUACAAUAUGGACUGCUUCAAAGAGAAAGCACAAAGCUUUUGGUACUAAGAUUGCGAAUGGAGUUUCAAAGGCAGCUUUAAGCGUGUUGAACAAGGAGGCACAUCAUGAAAAGCACGCUACACGAAAGCAAAUGCUUGAGAGGAGAGGUGAAUCAGACGAGAGAAGAGAUCAAAGAAAGCGCUGUAAUGUGUCGCCUCUAAAAGCUUCUAGGCAGGUAGUUUCAGAGAAGAGAACAUUGGACGAUGGAUCAGAGAGUGGGGACGGUCAACCAAAAAAGAGAAAGCGGAUACGACUAGAUCCUUAUGACACAUCAAAUAAAAGAUUAGAUGAUAACAUUGUUCUUGAAGAAAAGAAGAAAAAGAAGGUUGAGGAGGAAGGAACCGGAAUGUCAAAAAACGCACAGUUUCGUGCAAUACAACCGAGCCAUUCUAUUCUUUCCUUUGUGGAAGAAAACCUAUUAGGUCGCAGACGCUUGGCCGAGCUAAAGAAGGUUGGGUACAACACAGAACUUUCUGCUCCAUUAGAUAAUAUUCCUCACUCUACCAGCACAGAGAGAGAGCGCAUAGAAGAAAGUGUAUUUAGGAAUAAAUUGGCAUUCAUUGCGGCUGCAAAGGUUUCCUCAUCAUUUCCGCCUCCUGAUGUCCCUGAGAUUGCAUUUGCGGGAAGGUCGAAUGUUGGCAAAUCUUCUCUGCUAAAUGCUCUCACUAGACAGUGGGGUGUUGUACGGACAUCUGACAAACCAGGAUUAACCCAGACUAUCAAUUUCUUCAAUCUGGGACCAAAGAUUCGUCUUGUUGAUUUGCCUGGAUAUGGUUUUGCUUAUGCAAAAGAUGAAGUAAAGGAGGCCUGGGAGGAACUUGUGAAGGAAUAUGUUUCAACAAGAGCUGGUCUUAAACGUGUAUGUCUCCUUGUUGACACCAAAUGGGGUAUGAAGCCACAUGAUCACGAACUUGUAACUCUGAUGGAGAGAUCCAACACAAAGUGUCAGAUAGUGUUAACCAAGACAGAUAUAGUUUUUCCCAUGGAUGUGGCACGUCGAGCAAUGCAAAUCGAAGAGAACUUGAAGGCAAACAAAUCGAUUGUUCAGCCCGUGAUGAUGGUGAGCUCAAAAUCAGGCUCUGGGAUACGAAGCUUAAGAACAGUGCUGGCUAAAAUCGCGAGGUUUGCCAAGGUGUAGUCUGCAGUUUAGUUAGUCACCCAGGCAAAAGACUCGAGUCUCGACCACUUCAUUUGGAGACUUUUGUUUGAGGCGCUGAAUCAGACACGAUUGUUUCUUCUGUGUCGAAAAAGAAUGUUGACUUUGGAUGAGAAGUCGAGCUUGUUUUGGUUAUGGGAUCCGACGGAGUUAGAGUGGAGGUCGUAGAACAAUACAAUAAUAGCCUCCACUUGUUUUCAUCCUUUCGGCUUUUCUGUUCCAUAUUAGUCCGUGUCAGGUCAGGUUUGGGAUGUUGCGCUCGGCAAAUUACAUCCCAAUUAUUAUUUUGGAUAAAUUGGUAAUGGCUCUCUGUGUUCUCUGCUCCAAGCGGAUUUUGGUUUUUUUGCGUUUAUAGUUGACUAAUGUAAAAUGUUUAACGGAACUAAUAUUGAAAAAUAAAAAUAA